UUCCACACUUCCACACUUCCUCCGAAGCUUCAUUAUCAAUGAGUCAUGACAGCUUUGAUGUGGUUUUACUUUCGUUGACCGUUACCUCGAAGUAUGUAAAUUUACUUUGGCGAUCAGUUUAGAGUAAGGGCAGUAAUACAGUUAUUCUAUUUUACGUAAGAUCUGUGUUUUUAUUCUACAGGAACCAUAAAUAUCUACCCAGUUCAUGUCAUUGUUGCAACGAUUGUUUAUCUGCCAUCGGCAGGUCCGGUGAUUUCGUGAUAUGAGAAUAACUGAAGACAGCUGUUCAGAAAAAACCAAUUGAUCACUCACAAUAAUGGAUCCAAACGAAACACAAAAAAGCGACGAAUGGGUCGAAGACCGAUACGUAUACUACGCCGCUGUGCCAAGUCUACAGGAAAUUACAUCUUUUCGAAUCGCUCAACUGAUAUGGUCCAGCUAUAUUUCUCGCUCAAAAAACCGCACCGAUUCGCCGAAAGAAUCGGGUAAUACCUUAAUAGACGCGUUCAAUCUUCCUAAAACUUACGAAAAAGACAUCGAAGAAGUAGUAGAUCUCCUCAGAUUACCUCGAACCGUGGAAACAAUGUUGAUAAGCGCCUUGACCACCGUUACCUGUGAAAUGAGGAAAUGGAUACGACAUCUCGGAUGCUACACCAUAGGAAAGAAAAUCGAACAAUACAGCAUUCGUGAUUUCGAUCCAGACUGGUGCAUGUGGUUACCCAACGGUAGAAUCGAUUACAAACAAACAGCCGUGAAGUUAUUAUCUACCGUUGAUUUGAGUAACGAGCAAAGAUUCGCUAUUUUAAGUGAAUUUUGUAUGAAAAGAGAAAUUGACCAGAUAAAAGUACGUUCGCUGAGUGAAGUAUUCAGAAGAACGGUGACUUUCGAAGAUAACCCUUUGGCGUAUUACUGGAUUAAUUAUCUACAAAAGUAUUUACAUAUAUGUACAAUACCAAAAUUUUCUUAUAAGACGAUUUACGCUACUGUGGCUGCGAAAUGUGUCAGUUUUUCGUGGACUGCUUUCGAAUACUUUUGGCGUCGUUGUGGCGUAGCAGAUCAAAUAGAACUGGCCAGGUAUCUUCUUGAUUCUCAUCGAGAUGUAUACAUUGGAUACAGGUAUCAAGAACGAGUUCUUUCAAUGAUGUCUUGGUUUCAGCAACGUCGUUUAUUGACUAUAAUACCGGAGCGAAUAAUUUCAAAUUUCUGUUUUCAUUUAGAUUCGCGCGAGUCCACGUUCUGGGCUAGAAAACAUAGUAAUUUAAAUCCGUCCGCAUUUGCCCGAGUAGUACAAGACUCACUUUCAUUCGUACCAAGCGAAGAAAAAAUGAGCCGUUUGGUUGAAAUAUGGGACGCAGCUUCGCCCAUGCAUAAAGGUUUUACGGUGAAUUACCUACAAGAUGGAAUAUUUCCUCCGUUCAAUUCGUGGAAUCGCCCUUCGCAGUCUGCUUUCAAACUCUUAAUCAAGGUCUUAUCGCAUCAUGAAGCCAUAUUCAGAGAACGCAAAGUUUUUAGCAAUGCAGUUUCAUUGGGAAUAUGUAUCGAUAACAUGAAUUUAGUGAACGAACUACUGGAAUUGAGCUUACCAAGCGCCGAUGAUCAAGCUCGGUUUAAAAGACGGGUUGAAAAAUCUUCCGCCUUGAAAAACUCCUGCAUACAUUUAAUAACUCAUACCAAACUUGCAGAUUUAAACGCGAAAUUACGAUUCUAUCUGUCCGAUUCGGAUGCCAUACAAAAAUACAAGCAUCGAAUAUUGACUACGGAAUUGAUAUAUCAAGAUUGUUUUCUAUACGAGACAGAUAAAUGGGAUGCAUUCAGUACCUUCAUCGACGAAACUUUCCCUGAUGACGCUUCUGCAGCGUUGAAGUUGAAGAAGAAGUAUAUUUUAUUUAACGCGAGGUAUUUCCCUCAUUUCAAAGCAAAUCGCGCGUACGAUGUGAAUCCAAUGAUUCGGGUAGUCGAAUCUGUAUUCAACAUCGAGAAUGAGAACGAGAAUAUAAAAAACGUUUUUUUCGAUAAUUUUGUAGCGAGGCUAAAACAAAAAGACUAUCGUUGGUAUAAAAUGUUUUUCAACGAAAUGUAUUUUCGUCGUUUUGUAAGAUGGUGUCUUGGCGAAGAAGAUCCUGCCGCAGUUCUCAAGUAUAACUGUGGUGCAUUUAUUCACGCUGUUGUUGCUGGAGUCUUAGGUGCCAUCGAUAAUCAUUACGUAGCAAAGGGUGAAUUUAACGAAGCGUUACUCCAUGAUUUAGAUAGAUGCCUGGUAUGGUACUUGUCAGACGAAGAUAGAGUAAAAAGAUACAAGCUGGGAUGGCUUAAAGUGAUCAAUCAUUUAGAUAUUGUUCUAUCUGUUGUGGAACGAAGUGACAUUGUAUCUUUGGAAGCUCUUUGGAAUUGGUUUUUUGAUGGAGAUCCAGAUGCACUCCAAAUCCAACCAUUCAAAUCGAAAAGGGCUAAACUUCAGUCAAGUUGAAUUCAUUAUGUGUCAUAUCUUGAAAUAAUGUGUUUAAAAAUUACCUAUGGUGAGCUUUUAGUAAUUAAUAAGGUUACUAGAAUGCAAAGUGUUUCAAUACCUGCCUCUGUUUUUAUUAUUAAAAUGUUAAUUUUUUAAAUUUUUUAUACAAUAUAUGAACGUUGGUUCCUUAAUAAUUAUAGAUAUUUAUGCGGUGCAUUUUUUUUUAUAUUUAAGUUAUAAAAACUUCGGUUAUUUA